UCGUUUGGAGGAGAUUUUACAAUUGGAAAGCUGUCCUGCAUUUUGCAGUGCAUGUGGCCAUAGUGUAAAAUUUCUGAAGAAUGUUUCCAACAAAGUUCCUGAUGAAAAUCAGCCAAGCACAAGUGAAGGAAAUACAGGGAGAAGUUCAUUGGAUUCCUUCAUGAAGUUCAGGGCUUUGAAAGAGAAGGAGAGGAAAACAUUCUUUACUAAGAAAUGCCAGGCAUCUAAGAAGGAUAAGAAAACUGUAAAGAUUUAUGUUGGAGUUAUGUGGAGACAUAAUGGUGUACUAAAGCCUGUUAGAGGAAAGACCCUGCCUCUUGAGGUUCAACCUAAUUGGUCUUCAGAGCAACUAUUAACAGCUGCAGUAAAAAAAGUAAAAGAUUUUAAUCAAGACAUACAAGAUGGCCCCUAUGUGUUGCUGUACCCCGAUGGAGCAGAAGUGAAACACAUUCCAGGAACAAACACACCCUUCAGAAUAGAACUGUACAAAGAGGCACUAGGGAAGGCUUACCAACGAAUAACUCUCUUCACAUGCACAGUUCAAGACUUUUCAGUCAAUGAUGAUAGUGGAGAUUCUUCAAGUGAAGACAGCGAAGUGAUCAUAAAAUCUACCUCUAACAGUCCAUACUCUGAGAGUGACACUUUGGUUUGGGACGGACCAAAUGAAGCAAGCACCCCAAAAGCAGAAAGCACAUCAGACAGACCCCCUCAGCCAAUUUUAGACCAAGAAGGAGGAGAGAACAGAACAAAUAUACAAAACCACACACAGGGCCCUCAAAAUUGCUACACAAAUUACACACGGUUGUAUGCACCAAUAGUAAUUAAAAGUGAUUCCGAAGAGUCAGGCGGGAGCAGACCUUAUGUUCAAGAGGAAAGCAGGGAUGCAUUAACUCCUGCAGACAUUGUAUCAGAUCUCUCAUCGAAGAUCAUAAAGACAUCUUGCAGCAGAUUCAACAUAAAUCGAGCUAAUGUUUGGGAUGGAGCAGCUCGUGGUUUCAAACGUGCCUCAUAUGACCCCUCACAUGACAUGCUUGUCAAAUUCACAGAUGAUGAAGGGACAACUGAAGAUGCAGUAGACACGGGUGGUCCAAAACGGGAGUUUCUAACCCUCUUAAUGGACUGUUUAAGGACUCGAAGAAUCUUUGAGGGCCCAGAACAUCAGAGAUUUCUCACAUUUAACAGUGCAGCUGCCAGAGAAGAUGAAUACUUUCUUGCUGGACGGAUGAUCGCAGUUUCUAUAGUUCAUGGUGGUCCAGGUCCUCGCUUUCUCUCAGAGAUGCUGUACAAUAACCUUACUGGGAGGAUUGACUUCGAUGGAACAAUUGAAGAUGUAACAGAUGAGAUCAUGAAGGCAGCCUUGCUCGAGAUAUCAGGUGCUGCAUCAUUAGAUGAAUUACACAUGCUCAUUGAUAAGUAUUCCAGCUUGCUGCAGACUGCCGGAUGUUUCGAGUAUCCACAAAGUGUAGAAGGCAAACAGAACAUUGUAAAGGAUUUCAUACAGUGGUACAUAAUAUACAGAAAUAAGUACUCAAUUCAGAGAUUUAGGGAUGGUCUUUCGACAUUGGAUGUCAUCAAUGCCCUAGAGCAGCAUCCAAUUGUAUUCACUCCAUACAUGUGCUGUGGUGUUGAGAAACUCACUCCUGAAUCAUUGGAGGCUAUCUUUAAGGCUCAGCUCAGUGAAGUAGGUAGCACCAGGCGACAAGAAGAAACCAGAAUAAUUGGAUAUUGGAGAGACUAUCUACUUGACACAGGAGAACAAGAAGCAGGACUCUCCCUCCAGGACAUCCUGAUGUUUGCUACAGGACUGGAUUCACUGCCUCCUUCGACAAUUGUCCCUCAACCCAAACUCUGCUUUGAGAGGACCUCCAGCUAUCCUAUUGCUAGUACCUGUACCAACACAAUCAAAUUACCAAUGUCCAAAAGUUAUGAAGAGUUCAAAAAUCCAAUGGACUUUGGCAUACAAAACUCACCUGGUUUUGGAUUGCAGUGAGUAGUAAUGGUUACUGUUUUGUGUUUGUUUGAUGAAAGUUUGAAAUCUUACCUGA